CACCAAUGACCUUGCGCUGACAUUGCCGCACAACAGAACAGACGAAGAAGAUUCGGCUAAUCAGUGGAAUCGCGACCCGGAGUUUGUUAGCACACACCAGGAGUAUCCAAAAAAUCCAGAAUAAUCCCAAAAUGGCCUUCAAUAAAUUGAGCAUUGAGAACCUGGACUUGGAGGGCAAGCGGGUGCUGAUGCGAGUGGACUUCAAUGUGCCCAUCAAGGAGGGUAAGAUCACCAGCAACCAGAGGAUUGUGGCUGCCUUAGACAGUGUGAAAUUGGCUCUGUCCAAGAAGGCCAAGUCCGUUGUGCUCAUGUCCCAUUUGGGUCGUCCCGAUGGCAACAAGAACAUCAAGUACACUUUGGCCCCAGUCGCCGCUGAGCUUAAGACCCUGCUCGGUCAGGAUGUAACCUUCCUAAACGACUGCGUCGGCAGCGAAGUGGAGUCUGCCUGCAAGGAUCCCGCGCCAGGAUCAGUUAUUCUGUUGGAGAACGUUCGUUUUUAUGUAGAAGAGGAGGGCAAGGGCUUGGACGCCAGCGGCGGCAAGGUGAAGGCCGAUCCCGCCAAGGUCAAGGAGUUCCGAGCCAGCCUGGCCAAACUGGGAGAUGUCUAUGUCAACGAUGCUUUCGGAACUGCCCAUCGCGCCCACAGUUCCAUGAUGGGCGAUGGCUUCGAGAAGCGUGCCGCUGGUCUGCUGCUCAACAAGGAGCUGAAAUACUUCUCGCAGGCCCUGGACAAGCCACCAAACCCCUUCCUGGCCAUUCUUGGUGGCGCUAAGGUCGCCGACAAGAUCCAACUGAUUGAGAACCUUCUGGACAAGGUCAACGAGAUGAUCAUUGGCGGUGGUAUGGCCUUCACUUUCCUGAAGGUCCUUAACAACAUGAAGAUUGGAGGUUCUCUGUUCGACGAGGAGGGCUCAAAGAUCGUGCAGAACCUGGUAGAGAAGGCAAAGAAGAACAAUGUUCAACUGCAUCUGCCAGUGGACUUUGUCUGCGGCGACAAGUUCGCCGAGAACGCCGCUGUUAGCGAGGCCACCGUGGAGUGUGGAAUUCCCGAUGGACACAUGGGCUUGGAUGUGGGACCCAAGACCCGCGAGCUCUUCGCGGCGCCUAUCGCCCGCGCCAAGCUCAUCGUUUGGAACGGACCCCCCGGCGUGUUCGAGUUCCCCAACUUCGCCAACGGCACCAAGUCCAUCAUGGAUGGCGUGGUGGCAGCCACCAAGAACGGAACCGUCUCCAUCAUCGGCGGUGGAGACACUGCUUCUUGCUGCGCCAAGUGGAACACAGAGGCUCUUGUCUCGCACGUCUCCACUGGUGGCGGCGCUUCGCUCGAGCUUCUGGAGGGCAAGACACUGCCUGGCGUGGCCGCUCUGACCAACGCCUAAGCCGUUGAUACGGUAUAUUUAUGUUAAUCGCAUCGUUUAACUUGUAAGCACAAACCAAGACGUUAAAAAUUGAAUCUAUUUGUUGCGGAACCAUAUUAUGCAUACGAAAUAAAGGAAUCCUAGUUUA